AUGUCCAAUAACACCCCAAUGCAGUUUGCCUCGAAUCUGAAGUUUGGGUUCCUCGGACUCGGAGGACGAUAUCUAGAAGCACAAAUUCAGGGAUCCAAGAACCAAGCGGAGGAAGGAACGUUAAUAAUUCUGGCCGCCGGCGAACGGUUGCUGUUCGAGGAAUGCCAGACCUGCUUUGAAGCCAUUUCGCGCAACUCGUUCUACAUGGGCGACGUGGGCAAUGCCACCAAGAUGAAUCUGGUCCUGCAGAUGAUCUCCGGCGUGAUGCUGGCCGGUAUUGCCGAGGGGCUGGCGCUGGCCGAUCAAGCGGGUCUUCAACAGAAGGAUGUCCUGGAAGUGCUGGAACUGACAAGCAUGUCGUCAGAGCUGGUCAUGCAGAAGGGAAAUGCAAUCAUCAAGGGCGAAUUCCCGCCCCAGCAGGAACUGAAGCACAUGCAGAAGGACCUCAAGCUGGCGCUGAACAUGGCCGAAGGUCUGGAGCACCCCCUGCCCAUCACGGCCGCCUCCAACGAGGUGUACAAGCACGCGAAACGCCUCGGCUACGGUUCCCACGAUUCCAGCGCAGUUUACGUGCGGGCAAGGUUUUAACAGCGACUCGGUCUAGCGCUGAAAGGAGGAGAUGUGAGCUUGAAGAAUUAAACGGCAACGACGAAGAAGGAAUGCA